AUUAUGUUGUUGGUUUAUCUUUUUAGUAGCUGGCUUUCAACAAAGAGGGAACAUUAAUUCUGACCAUUCCAUAAGCAUUUAGUUUUGUUGAAUGCCAAUGAGGCAGAAACAUAGCGCGUGAAAUCCUGGUCGGGCAUUAAGACCCUCGGGGAUGUGGUUGGACGAGUGGGAUUUGCUUGCGGUUCCCACCUGCUCCUUUGCAGUUGGAAAGUGAAGGCGUUUAUUUCUCCCACGUUUCGCGAGCUUUCAAGAGCUGUAUUUGCGAGGAUUAGUGCUUUCUCGGGGCUAAAUCUUCAAAGAACUGGGAGAGCUGUGUCCCUGGGUGAUUGGCAGUUGAACUUUUACCUCAAUCAGGCGAGAGGAAGCUUUUAUUCGCUUGAGUAAGUGAGACUAAGAAAAACGCUCGUUGACAGGUUCCCGAGGAUAAGAUUAUCGCCUCUGAAUCUUUAGAAGACAUGCGGGGCAGCUCGGCUGGAACGAGCUAUAGAUGCAAACUCGGCAAGUUGUAAAUCUAGAAUUUGAAAAUCAGGCAUUCUCUUCCGCUCUUUGCAAAAUAGUACAAUCCAACCCAAUAAUGGGAGCUGCAUACUGUUAAAGUGAUAUUUCCUGGUGGAAUCCAUACCUUCAACUGAAAAAUGAUCUGAAGCGAAUAAUGUUCAAUGUUGGUGAGAGAUACGGUAUCACAAGACCUGCGAGAAAUCUGGAUGAGUUGGAUUCGGUUCAGAGUAUCAUUUUUCACAGUGAUCUUGAACCAGAGUGGCUGCAUGAUGUGCAGACGAACGGUGAGCUAUUCUACCUGGAGCUGAGUGAAGGAGAGGAAGACGUGCUGAUCCAAGCUAAUUCGACUUCGGCACAUCUGAUCAAUCGUGUCAGAUUUAGUGAGAAUGAGGCAGAAGUAAUUUCAGACCACACACCAAGGGAGUCUUGCAAACAUGAACACAAACUUAAAAAGCUUGCUAAUGUUUUAAGGAAGAAAAAGGUAAUGCGUACACAUUCUUGCUGCAGAGCCAAUGAACGGAGAAGUAGUCACACACCAGUACCUGCUUCAAUACUAAAGCAUCAGACAAAUCCCAAAGUUGGUGUUUCAGUGCAGUUUACUUAUAAAGAUGUGUAUGUUUAUGUUAAUCCAAACAAAAUAAGUGACAAAUCGCUGAACAAAGGGACAAAGCUUCUGGAGGCCUUUGUAGGGAUUAUUCACCAGCCUUCAAGGAGAAAGCCAGUGGCAGGAAAGCAGUCUGACAGAUUAACAGACACAAAAGUAACAACAGAAGAACGACUUGUUGUACACAGUUUGGCCCAUGGCAGUGCUGCUAUGAAAAGUGGUCAAAUAUUAAUUGGUGAUGUUCUAAUUGCUGUGAAUGAUGUGGAAGUAACCACUGAGAACAUUGAGCGGGUUUUAUCAUGUAUUCCAGGUCCAAUGCAGGUGAAAUUGACUGUUGAAACCUUGCACCCUGACCCCGUAGGAACUGGUCUGUCUUUCACACCUCUUAAUAAACCGAUUCCCACUAAUAACAAUCUAGUGAAACUCUUGUGGGGUGAAGACACCACUGAUUUCCAAAUGGAAAUUGACAACAUUCCUCAUGUUGCUAUGUAUCUAACUUUAAAGCUGGAAUCAGAAAAUUCAAAGGAAAAGCAAGAAAUACUUUACCAGUAUCCAUUGACUAAUGUAUCCCAAAAGUUGAUUAAUGUUCGGGGAAUAUUUCUCACGCUCUGCGACAUGCUGGAGAAUAUAACUGGGGCACAAAUUAUAAGUUCGUCAUUCCUGCUGAAUGGAAAACUUAUUAACGUAUGUUAUUGGAAGGAAGGUAGCAAUUUGUUGCUGAUAGGACUACCAGCUGAAAGGGUACCUCUUCCACAGCUCAGGAACAUGAUCAAGAAUGUUGUGAGAAUCUUGCAGUUUAUGUACAACUCAUUAGACAGUGCCUUUUGCAAGCUGGAGAAUGUUCCCCAGUUAGACCACUUUUUCAAUCUGUACUUCCAACGAGCCAUUCAGCCAGCUAAGUUAAACUGCAACGCAAGUCCCAGUUCCCAGUGUUACAGUAUUUCAAGCACAUUAUUUUUAGACAGUCUGCCUGGAGUUCGGUGGCUUACGUUACCCCAGGGUAUCAAAGUGGACAUUGAUACAGCAUUGAGUGAUCUCGAAUCAGCAGACUUUGGAGAAUUGUCUGAGGAUUAUUUUGGCAUUCGACGACUCUAUGUGAUACUGGGUUCUUGUCUGUUCUUCAAGGGUUACUUGAUUGGCAGUCAUUUGCCCAAAGAUGACCUCCUUGACAUUGCACUUUACUGCCAGCAUUAUUGCUUACUACCCCUAGCAGCAGAGCAAAGGAUUGGUCAGCUGAUCAUUUGGCGUGAGACAUUCCCGUAUAGAUACUUUCCGUCACGUCACAAACUGAUCAUUGAGGACUAUCAAGAACCAAAAGGAAGACACUUUUUGCUAAUUGUUGGUUUGAGACACUUGAUGUUGUGUGUGUUGCUGGAAGCAGGAGGAUGUGCAUCCAAAGUAAAUGGAAAUCCAGGACCCGACAGUGUUUAUGUUGAUCAAGUUAAAACAACUUUACUUCAGCUUGAAGGACUAGAAGCCAGAAUACAAGAAAGGCUGGAUUGUCCCUCCAUUGCAUGUUUGUCAUGUGCUGAUUGGUUCCUUCCUUCUUCUCGUGACAAGUUUGAAAGUAUCAGCAUUUCUCCUAUCAUUAGCAAGUUUCAAGGUGCAACUAAAUCAAUUCAAUCACCAACAAAUCGAAGGGCACUGUUUGGAGACUCCAGCCAAAGGAUGCAGAAAUCCAGUCCUCCACGGAACAAUGGUGUCUCUGAUAUUGCUAGUGAAAGGCAUGGAGAUGGUGGUUCCUUCAUUAUGAACUUUAGUCCAUAUUCUAUAUCUGACACAGUCAAGAGGCUUCCUCGAAGAGAAUCCCAAGGUUCUGGUGGAUCUGAUGGUAGUGGAAGUAUAUUUAAGAGCAAGAAGAAACAAAACUUUCCCAAUCCAUUUUAUCUGGGAAGCAUGAAAAAAAGCCUUUCUGAGUCAGAGACCGAGGAAACAUACAGCAUAACAAAAUUGACAUCAGGCACAGAAAACACUCUAUUUUAUUAUAUUUCAAUAGAAACAACACAAGGGAUAUUCAUAGCACCAACACAUACAGAAGUUUCACAGCUCAAUGGUUCCGUUCACUCACAACUAAUCAAAAACUUCCAUCGUUGUUGCUUAUCGAUACGGUCAGUCUUCCAACAAACCUUGGACAAAUGGGAAAGGAAAUGCUCAGAUAUUGCCGACAGUUCAAGUGAAAUGAAUGUCAGAAAAAAUAACACAGGACUUGGUACAGUAAAAGAACAUGGUGUUUUAUUCCAGUGCAGUCCUGAAAACUGGACUGAUCAAAAGAAACCACCACCAGUCAUGUCCUACUGGGUUGUUGGAAGACUCUUAUUAGAUCCUCAUCCUCAAGAGUUUUAUGUGUGUUUCCAUGAUUCUGUGAUGGAGAUUGCUGUGGAGCUUGCUUUCAAACUGUCUUUUGGAUUGAUUACAUAAUGCAAAUGAUGGUCUACAUGCAGUUUAGUUCAUUGACACAUUCCAAAAUGUACAGGAAAGUAGGCUUAUGAAAAUCACAUGAUCCAUAAAUUUUGUUAAUGAAACAAGUACUCUAUAUUUAUACAAUCUGAGAGUGCUAACUGACUUAUCAUGGCUUGUCAUUGCUCUGAAUAUAAUUAUAAUCUAAAUGGAAGGAUAUAGAUUUAUAAUGUGUUUUUUUUUACUGGAUUUUGCUUGUUCUGACUGUAUAUGUAUAUGUGAAAUUUGUUUUUCAACUUUUAGUUGAAAUGUGCCUUUGAUAAUUAUUGCAAAAAUUCUCUUUAUGCAAAAUAGUCUAUGUUAUUUAUAAAUGACCAAUUAAAAUGUUAAUUUUAUUG